CCUUCGGAAAGUGGUAGUGCUUGGUACAGGGUCUUUGUUGCAGUUGAAUAGUAUUGCAAAAAGCCUACGCAGUUUGGAGAAAAACACAAUAUUUCUAUGCGGAUUUCUUGAUUUUAUUGUUUUUUUUAUUGUUAAACACCUUCUUGAUUUUAUAAAUGGAACAAAAAUGAAUCUCAGCUUAAUACUCAUUCUGGUUUUACUGUAUAUUUCGAAGAUAAUAUGUGAAGAUGUCUGCCAAACAAGAGAGUGUUUAACUAAGUGUAGUGAACUUGGAUAUUCCUUGACUGAUAGUUGUCCAACGUGUCAUUGUAAUCAGAGAAAGGGUUGUCCACCUGUCCGCUGUGUUAUAACAUGUAAAUUUGGAAGAAAACAAGAUAGAAAUGGUUGUGAAUAUUGUAGGUGUCAGGAUCCAUGUAAAGAGGGAGUUCAUAUGAAAAAUUGUCCGGAAAAACACUAUUGUAAAGCAGAUUUUGAUUGUAAUGAGAUUCACUGCAAAAUUAGAACACAGUGUAUAAAAAUUGGGAGUUUUCCAGAAGAUCUAACAACUUCGACUGUACAUCAGUUCAGACCUUCUUUUAAAGGUGUCCCUGGUAGACCUGGACCAGAUGGACCGACUCGUCAAGAUGUAACAAAUGCUCUACCUCCAAAUCCUCCUGCACCUAUUCCUUCACCAACCAAACCAGGGAUUAGUCAGGAAUGUAAAUGCCGAAAUAAUCAAAAAUGCGAUUGUACAACAAUAGGGGACGAAAUAAUGAAAUCAACUUUUAAGGGUCAUGGGUUUUAUUCAUCUGAUAUGUCCCCAGAUAUUUCUACGAAAGAGAGACAUCCAGCUUCACCACAAUUGACUAACGAGGAUGUGGAUAAAAAAUUACAAACUAUUCACUUUCCUACAUAUUUAUAUGCUUCCUUAGCUUCUGUUUUAGGAGCCAGUAUAUUAGGAAUUGUUAUUUUAACUAUUGUUUUAUAUCGAAGAAGAUAUCCGAAAGAGAUUGAUAUACAGGAAGAAGAAUUAACAAAGGAGACGGAGUCAGCAACUUCUUCCGAAGCUAAUCAUAAGAAAGAUAUGACUACAGCACAUUUAGCAACACAGGUUUAA